AAACGAAAAUAAAGAAAACCAGCAAGAAUAUGAAGAAAAUAAUCUAGAAAAAUUAAAUGAGGACAUAUCUGAUUCAAUAUCUGCUUUUUCUGAUACAUGUUCAAAUUACACCCCACCAAGACAAGAUACUAGUUCUGAUGAUUCUUUUCUAGAAGAAUUUGGGACACUGAAACAAUCUUCUAUACUUAAAGAGGUAACCCAGACGUGCAACAAACCUCCAAGCAUUCAAAAUAAUUUAUCGUUAUUAGAGUGUGUUCCUUUAUCUGAUACAUCUAUCGCAUCGCAUAGAAAUAUAAAUUUUAGUGAAGUUAGUCAUAUAAGUAAUUCUCCUUGCAGUUUAGAUGUUGUCGAUAAAAGAUUUCUACAACCUGUAUCUUUUCCACAUUAUACAACAGAAGAAUUCGCAAAAAAUAAUGGGACAGAUCUCGAUAUUAAUAAUGAAUCUCAAAUGGGAGAUAAUUCGAAUGAGAGUUUAACAAUAAUCCAAGGGGGAAAAUCCAAAAGUACCACUAAAGUUCGAGAUAGAGAUUACUGCUUUUACUGUGAGAUUUUCGUCUUAAAUUUUGCUCGUCAUUUAUUUCGACACCACAUUUAUGAAAGCGACGUACAAAAAAUUAUAUCAAAACCAAAGAAAAGCCUAGAAAGGAGACAACUUAUUGCAGCACUACGCAAAAAAGGUAACUACCUUGUUAAUUCAAAAGAGGUCACUAAGCCCAUGCGAAAACAAAAAUUUACUGAACAUCUACCUUGUACAGAUUGUCUGGGAUUUUAUUCAAAAAAAUUACUGUGGAAACAUAAAAAAAAAUGCACUGGUAAAAAGUCAAGAAAUGUUCAAUCAGAAGCUCAAAAUUUACUAAUACGUCAUUUAAAAAUAGAUGAAAAACUUAAAGAAAAAGUAUUUCCCCGAAUGAGGGCAGACAAGAUAUCACUUAUUGCAAAAUCAGACUACCUAAUAUGUGCUUUCGGGUCCCAAUAUUUGAAGACUCACCGAGAACAGCAUUUUGCAAAUGUUGUGUCUAGAAAAAUGAGAGAGCUAGCAAAAUUAUUAAUUGAAACGAAAAAGAUUGACCCAUCCAUCAAUGAUUUGUUUUGUGCCCUUCGACCAAACCAUUACGAUACUAUUGUAGAGGCAACCAAAGUAUUAGGAAAAUAUGACAGCGAAAAAGAUAGAUUUGAAACGCCUACAUUUGCAAUGAAUGUGUCAACUACUUUAAAACACUGCUGCCAUAUAGCAAUAAUGUUGGCAUUAAAAAAACAAGGACCGUAUAUGGAUGUUGAAACAGGCAAAAUAGAAGCUGACUUAAAAACCAUGGUAAACCUCAUAGAGUCAAAUUGGAAGUACGAUAUUUCGAGUCAAGCUGCGACUGAUUUAAACAAAAAAAAAUGGAAUAAAGUUACUAUUGUUCCUUUAGCAAAUGAUUUGAAAAUUUUAAAAGAAUACCUAAAUAAAAGAUCUUUGGAGGCGGCUAAAAGCAUUAAAGAAGGCUUACAAAAUAUUGCGACAUAUAUAGAACUUUUAGAAACUGUGUAUUGUAGAGUUUUAUUAUUGAACAGACGGAGGCCUGGAGAAUUACAAAGAAUUACAUUGUACGACUAUUUAGAAAGUGAAAAUAAUGCAUCUGAUAAGUAUGAAGAAUUUGAUCGUGCGCUUACUGUCUCUGAGCGGAUUCUCGUAAAGAAAUUUAAGAGAGUUGUCAUUAGGGGUAAACGUGGUCGUGGAGUACCCGUUCUGUUUAGUCAAGAGGUUCAAGAUGACAUAAAACUAUUAUUGUCGGUUAGAAAUAUUUUUUUUACUGCUACGUCAAAUCUAUUUUUGUUUGGUAAUCCAGGUUAUGAAAACACCAUAUAUGGCUACAAAGUUCUUGAAAAGCAUGCUAGAUUAUCUGGUGCCAAAAACCCAAAAGCAAUCUCGGCUACGAAACUUAGAAAACAUUUGGCAACGUUAUCACAAAUAUUUAGCAUGUCUGAAAAUGAUAAGGAGCAACUAGCUACAUUCAUGGGUCAUACCAAUGAAGUUCAUAAAAAAUCGUAUCGAUUGCCAGAUGACGUUUACCAAACCGCCAAGAUAUCGAAACUAUUAAUUCUUAUGGAAGACGGCAAAGGAGAUGCUUUCAAAGGGAAAUCUCUGGACGAAAUUGAUUUAGAUAUGAAUGAGGAGUUAGAAGAAGAAUUCCUUAAUAAUGAUAAAAUAUUAGACUAUGAUUUUGAGUCUACCGUAAAUGUUAACUCUGAUUGCGUUCAACAAAUAUACAAUCAAAAUGAUUUAUCUCAAGCUGGACCAUCCGGUUUUCAGAAAAUUGAACAGAUAUCACAAUUAAAUGUCAAAAAUAAAAUAAACAAAGGAAAAAAAAGAACCUUGGUACCUUGGACAGUAGAGCAGAAGAAUGUCGUAACAAAAUUUUUCAAACUCCACAUAAAAAAUCAUCAACCACCGAAAAGACACGAAUGUGAAAAACUAAAAGAAAAACACGGAGAUCUACUUCACAACAAAGACUGGCUCAAGAUCAAAGUUUUUGUGCAAAAUAUUUAUUCUAAGAAAUAAAAAAUAAUUCGUAUUAGUGACGUCUUCAUGGGCCGUUAGGAUAGACCCCUUUUAAACACUAAUCGUGUUUUAAAAGAUGUGUGUUCAGUUCAAGUGUAUUUUAUGUUCCACAAUACAUUCCAAUGAUUAACAUAGAUUUUGAUGAUUAGGAAGAUCUUAAUAUUACUAAUAUUAAUUUUCAGGACUUUUAUGAAACCAAAAAUGCGAUAAGUUAUUUUGAAU